AAGAGAUAGAGAGAUAAUAAAGGGGACCAGAAGAAGAGUCACAGAGCUUUGUAAUCCUCAAGACAAAGAAGAACAACGAAUAUUAUGUUGCCCGCAGGAAAAACCAAGAGAGCCGUCUACUCCACCGGUGCCGGAGACUGUGUCUUUACGCCGGGAAGCAAACGACGGCGUUGUGUUUCUUCUUCUUCUCCCAUUCCUCCAGCAGGACCCGAUUUGCUAGAUUCGAUUCCAGAAGAUCUUGUCGUUUCUAUCCUUCGUAGACUUGCUUCUACAUCUCGAUGCCCUUCUGAUUUCGUCAACGUUUUGAUGACAUGUAAGAGAUUAAACAGUUUAGCUACGAGUCCUCUAGUUCUGUCGAGAUUGUCUCGAAAGGCGUUGGCCGUUAAAGCGUUAAACUGGUCGGAAGCAGCUCACCGGUUUCUUAAACGCUGCGUCGACGCCGGAAAUCUCGAAGCUUGCUACACUCUCGGAAUGAUUCGGUUUUACUGUCUGCAAAACAGAGGAAACGGCGCGUCACUAAUGGCAAAAGCAGCAAUCAGAUCACACGCGCCGUCGUUAUACUCCUUAUCCGUGAUUCAGUUCAACGGAAGCGGCGGUUCCAAGAACGACAAAGAUCUCCGAGCAGGUGUAGCUCUAUGCGCGCGUGCCGCGUUCUUUGGACACGUCGACGCGCUACGUGAGCUCGGUCACUGUCUCCAAGACGGUUACGGUGUUCCACAAAACGUCUCAGAAGGCCGGAGAUUCCUAGUUCAAGCCAACGCUCGUGAACUCGCCGCCGUUUUAUCUUCCGGGAUCAAAUCUCCGUCGUGGCUCACUUUUUCACAGCCUCAUGGUUGUCCGUUGCUGAGCGAUUUUGGAUGUCAUGUACCGGCGCCGGAAACACAUCCGGCGAACCGGUUUUUAGUGGAUUGGUUCGCCGCACGCGGCGGAGAUUGUCUCGGAGAUGGGAUGAGAGUGUGUUCUCACGGCGGGUGUGGACGGCCGGAGACGAGGAAACAUGAGUUUCGGAGGUGUUCUGUUUGUGGCGUUGUGAAUUACUGCUCACGCGCUUGUCAAGCGCUUGAUUGGAAGCUCCGGCAUAAGAUGGAUUGUGCUCCGGUGGAACAAGAUGGAGGCGAUGACGGAGAAGGCAACGUUCAGGUUGACGGUGAUAACGUAUUGGUGGUUCCGAUGAGUUAACGGUGAAAAUGUAACGGUUGGUUUAGUUUUAGUUUCGUUUUUUUUUUUGUUUAAUUAGUGGAAGGAUUAGGAUAAAAUAUUACCAACGGUCAGAUAAGGGCGUUAGAGUAAUUUUUGUAUUUUAGUCUUUUGUAAAGAUGAGUAUCAAUGAAAGCUAUAAUCUUUUUAUU